UUAUCUUUUACAUACUUCAGAAGCGAAGCAAAAUUGUUUACUGAAUUAUGAACAAAAGAUUUAACACAUGGUUUUAGGAAUUUCAAUAACCUCGCUCUUCCAUUUAUAAUACUUACGUGGUUUAAUGCUUCAAAUCGUUAUAGUGCACGUGUAUUUUCUACUUCAAAGCGAUAAUUCAAAGUUGAUGAUUCGAAAUUGACAAUUUUUUUUUAAUUGUUUAAAUCAAAAUAUUACUAUUACUUUUAAUAUUAUCAAGUUUUUGUUACUGGAAUGAAAAAGCUCGGUUUUAUUUUAAUAAUAUUUUUAAUUUUGCUUUGUUUAAUGAUUACUUCUUUGUUUUUCGAACCGCUAAAUAUACUCAAAGCUUCUCGAUUUACCAACAAUAUAUUCGUAGACAAAACAGUCUUUAAAACAAAUCCAUUUAACUCAAGUAGUUCAAAUUGCAUUCAUGACCAUUUUAAAUCUACGCUACUUAUUAUUGUUUAUAAUUCUCCACUUUACAGUCAUUUGCCACUGCUACAAAACUUAUACAGUAAUGGUUUUCCAAACAUUAUUCAUUGUGGACCAGAACAUUCGACAGCACCAUCUUGGAUAUUGAAAAGUGUAACUUUUAAUGGAUACUUUACCUAUGAAGAGUGCGCUGCGCAAACAAUGCGUACUUUUAUUAAUUAUACUGGAUAUUUAGUGAUAAACGAUGAUUUGUUUUUAAAUUUUUUAACGAUAAAAAACUUAAAUUUAUCUAAAAUUUGGGAAGGUCCGUUACUUGAAGUUAAUAGCAAAAAGAUAAGCGACUGGUAUUGGUGGGACUCUUCGUGGGGAGUAAAAAAUUGUUUUAAAACUUUAAAAAAACUUCGUUCUCUCAACAAUUACGUUAAUCAAAAAAGAGAUCCUUAUUGGCAUAAAAUGGUUUCUGGCAAAAACGUAUGCUACGGAAUAAGAGCGGAUAUUUAUUAUGUUCCCAGAAAAAUGGCUGAAAACUUUACUAAACUUUCAGAUGUAUUUAGAGAAGAAAAUGUGUUUUUAGAAAUUGCAGUGCCAACAAUAAUAAGAUUGCUUGUUACAGAGGUUGAAAGGCUAAACGGGUUUUACAUGGACUCUGGAACAAAGAGUGAAGUUAUUUUAAAAUCUUACAAUUCUGAUUUAAACUUUAUACAUCCCGUAAAAUUUCAUUAUGGAAAAGAUUCAUUGAUAAACUUCGAGUUUUUAAAAAAUUAUGAGCGCCAUAUAUCCGCAAAUACGAAGUGUUAACAUAAUUAUCACAGUUUAACAUAAACGAAAAUAUGGAAUAAGUAAUCAAAUUAGUUAUUAUAAUUUAUUUGAAUUAACUAUUCAAUAAAAAAAAUGACAUUUAUUUGCGUGACAUUUUUUAAUAAUAAUUUUUUGUAAUAAAAAAUUGUUAUCAGACUGAUAUUAUAAUUUUAACUUUUCCAGUGUUAUUAUUUAAUAAAGUUGUCAUGUCUACAAAUA